AUGUGCAGCAUAUCUGAACUGUGUAUUGUGGCGCAGUGCGCCGAGCAGUGCGUGCGGGAGCGCGCGGUGAGCAAGGCGGGCAGCUGCCCCGGCGACCUGUCGGCGCUGUCGGCGUUCGAGGCGGCGUGCAUCACGGCGUGCGCGCACGACGGCGACUGCCCCGCCACCGACAAGUGCUGCCCCAACGCCUGCGGCGCUACCUGCCAGCGCGCGCAGCAGCUGGACGUGGCCCCAGGUCUGUCGGCAGUGCCGGUGAACGUGAGCGCUUCGGAGCGCGGCCACGGGCGCGUGCACGUGCAGUGGCGGCUGCCGGGCGACGACGGCCACGCCUACGGCGACGGCGGGGGAGGCGGGGGCGACGCGGAGGCGCAGCUGGUGUUCGUGGUGCAGGAGCGCCACCACGUGGGGCAGCGGCUGGCGCGCGACCGCCUGGGCGCCUGGGGCCCGCUGCACCGCGGCGUGCGGCCGCACUGCCUGCUGCCCAGGGGGCUCAUCCGGCCCGGCAGGUGGUACCAGUUCCGGGUGGCGGCCGUCAACAGGAAUGGCACCCGCGGCUUCUCGCAGCCCUCACCGCCGUUCCGGCUCUCUGCAGCGCCGCGGCCGCCCGGUAUGCCGGAGCAGCUGAGCGUGGGGCGGCUGUCGGCCGGCGAGAACGGCACGCUGCGCGGCGAGCUGACGUGGCGGCCUCCCGCCGAGUCCGACCUGCCGGUGGCCAGGUACCGCGUCUACUGGAGCCGCGAGCUGGAGCCAGCGCGCUCGCUGCUCGUCAAGCAGCACACCGUGCCCAGGGACGUGACGCGGUUCUGCCUGCGCGACCUGCUGCCGGGGUCGCUGUACUUCGUGCAGGUGCAGGCGCUCGCGCAGUUCGGCUCAGAGAGGCUCAAGAGCGAUAAGGCCGCCAUCUUCCUCAACACCACCGCGCACGCCCACCAAGGUGUGUCUCCAGAGGCCAACGAGUGAAGGAGAAUGUAGACGGCAUCUACCUGCCAGCAAGACUCGGACGCCGCGAGUGACUCCUGAGGAACCACCGACGACUGCCUGGCAUCAGUCGACCACUGUACUCCACCCCUGUAGACUCUCUGCCUGCAUUGGUUUCUCUACUUUUAUACCCUCUCUACACACGCCACUCAGCGACACUCCUUAGAAUCGUAGUGUAUUUACACUAGCAUCCUCACAAAAUUAUCAGCAUAGAAAGUGAUGCCACAGUAGAGCUUUUCACAGCAGAGAAACACACAAGGUGUGGAAUGGUGCAUUGCGGACAUCCAGCACUGUUGUAGUUUCUUAGAGAAGGCUGACCUCCAGCUUUAUCACUACUAGGUUUAGGUCUGAAAUCUGUAACUAAUGUAAGCAGACUUGCGCCUAUAUGUACACUAAGACUGUUAGACAUAGAAAUAGAGACAUGACAAGUUUAGCGUGCUUAAAUAAUUUAGAAAAUUGUGAUUACUUAGAAUUAUCGUAUUUAAUUUUCAUAUGUAUACUUUUUGGUGAGAUUUAAUAUUCCAUUAUGAAACAUCUUGUACCUUUAUUUAUAAAAA